AGUGAACAUCUCUGAUGAACUCAUGGAAAUUCUUGAUGACUAUCAUAGCAAUUUCCUGCUUGAUUGGUGGUCAAUCUUUAGUGACUCAUACUUUCAAAAGCAGUCAAGUGGUGAAAGCCAAGGAACUAUCCAGAAGGAGUUUAUAUUGGAGCCCUUUAAAACAUCAAAUAAACAAGAUCUCUGGCUUCAAUCAUUGAUAAUGCACCCCAAUAUGACACCACAAGGGGCAUCAUUAUUACAAUCAAAUAAUUCUAUUUUACAUUAUUUUCCUCUGAUGAGAAGUCAAGAGAAUGAGAGGCAACACACCUUGAUGCGUCAAUUUGCUAGUAUAGAUGAAACAAGGCCCCGACAACAUAACUUCUUUAGAGACAUGCAACACGACAGACGAUCCAGGAGUACACCCACAUAUCAUCUUGGGCAAGUCCAACAUUUAAAUAUCGAUGGCUUCCUACAAAUGAAGUCUAUUUUGCAGGGUUCCAAGCAUUCCCCACUGGUUACAUCUCUACCAAUGGAAUUAUGUGGUCAAGAUAAGCUAAUUGGUUGGCCUCACUCUGUAAUUGAUCCAACUUUUUCAAGUGUGAGACAAAAGGGCAUAAAUCCACCAUUAUCUACAAGAAAGGGAAAGGAACUAUUACAUUCUAGUACUAAAGACAAUUCACAAUCCGGAGAUAGUGCUACUUCUCUAACUCCCAUUACAUCUUGUGGCGCACCAACGUCUGGAAUUAAUUUUGAAACCUUUGGCAUUGCUGAAAAGACAAACAUGGAUAAUUUUGAAGAAGAUAAUGAAGAUAUAUCAAAACUGUUGAAUGAGCUAGUGGGCGAGCAAGUGAAGGAAAAUAACGGAAACAGCGUGGAAUCUCAAUCCUUUGCAGAAGAGGGUGCUGGUGACAAUAAUACAAAAGCCCAACAUUUAGGUAUCGGGGAAAAAGUUUCUUCAAAUGUCGACAAAGAAUAUAUAAAAGCCAUGCCAGCUGUGAGUGGACUGAAGGUCCGAAUAGUUAGUGUUCAACAAGAUGAAGUGGUGAUGAUUUUGGUUGCAUUUCCUAUAGUCUUGUUCAGUGUCCUGAGGUUUGGGAUGAGUAAAGUGGGACUUGUGGUGUGCCCUGCUUUGAUCAUAUUGUUUUGCCUUCCUGGGGGCAUUGGGAUCUACAAGCUCCUUAAAUAUGGGAUAAAAGUUUUGAGAGCAUUCUAUCCUCUUUAG